GAAGUGCUGUGUAGAAAGAGUGACUGCACUGUGCGGAGCCGUCGACGGCUAAGCUUUUCAAUCGAUCGUCGUGGGCUUUCCUGUACCGGUGUCAACAAGUUGAAGUCAAAUUUGUGUACGGUGCGCAAACUGCAGUUCCUAGACCACAGGUUGUGGACAUGCACGAGAAUGAGCGGCAAUGACACAGUUUGUGAUGACCUAGAGAAGCAGACCGAACAAGGACGUCUCUUACAAGAAAGAAAAGAGUACCAUGUUUUUCUAGUAGCUCUAAAGGCAAAACAUGAUGAGGCAUGGACACGACAAUCUAAAAUUGACGACUGUUUGGAUGGUUUGGUGUCCACACACAUGGAUAGUGAAAUGUUGGACCAACGAACUCUUCUUUUGAGAGAACAGCAAACACUCAAGUAUGCUAUAGACGAGUUGACUAACAAAAUAUCUGAAGUGAGGAGAAGGCGAAACGAAAUUGACGAGCGUAUAAUUCGUUUCCAAUCUGAGGAUGAAAUGAUUAAUAUGUCGCCACGCCUCAAUUUUUGGAACAGUUUCACCUAUUCAAGGGACGUUGAAAUGAAAUGUCAGGCUGAAGAGGUUGCGCGACAAAGAGAGUAUGAAAAGGCUAGAGAACAGAAGUUGGCUAACAAAAAGCAACUUGCAGGCCACUUGGACGAUUUGCUGGAAAUAGAGCGACAAAACGAAGGGCAAUCACAAUCGCACGCUCAACACACUGGUGACUGGAAACAGAGCAAAGAGAUUUCCAAUACCGCAGCUGUUGCAAGAGUUGUCGUUUGUGGCCAACUUCGCUCUAUGGGAAAUGUUCAGGAGACGUCAGGGGAGUUGACAUUACCAUCCAGCAGUUUGCUGUCGCCUUAUGUCUGUUCUAGUGCAGUAAAGCAACUCAAAACUCAAGCAUCGAUUCAAGAGAAAAGUUCUGCUGUUGCACGGCCAGAACAGACAAGUGGAGAACAAACUUCAAAAAUCCAUGAGGAAAAAAUUCAAGUUCUUGAUGGGCGAUGUGGAAACAUCGAGAAGAUGGUAGGAGGUCUGAUUGCAAGGGUUGAGCAUUUAGAAAGUUGUGACAAAGUUGUUAGUAGUCACAAGCAGUUGAUUGUAAAUGAUGAGGAUCAUAAGUGUACAACAAGAAAAGACAGCACCACAGAGAUAGGUAUGCUACAGCGAGAUCUCAACAGCAACACGUCAGGACUGUGUUCUAGUGCGAGUCUGGAAUGUAAGAAGUCCCUAGAAGAAGGAACAGACUUUGACUUGUCCUUACUACAACAAGAGAAGGUUCUGUCUGCUGAAAGCACAAACGCUUUUCAAUGCAAGGACACUUCAAGAUGUCCAGAAACUCUAGCUAAGUGUGCUGAGAGUGGAGGGGAAGCGUCACAGCCUACUGUUACUCUCAAGGGUGGCACACCAACCGCUUGAGGUAUGAAUCUCUCGCCUAGUCUCGCGUAUAACCAGCUCCUUUUCCCUUUCCGGUAAUCCGGAAAGUUGAGGAGGAAGGUCUGACUACUGAGACUAUAGCGGGAGAUGUGGACAAUGUACACUUGCCAUUCAAGCAAGUGCAAGAGGUAUUCGAAGUCAAGCACUGCCUUGAUGUCAAGAAGAUUUGCCAGUUGAAGUAUUUUGUGGCAUCUGUUCAAGAAGCUGACCGUACAGAAACAAUUAACCUAGAGAUCAAACGUGGAGGAGCUCUAGGACUGUAGGGUGCAGUGUGUAAUUGUGAACAUUUGUUGUAGUUGAUUUCUGUUAACAAUUCUUGCGCUUGUGAAAUCACAGUUGAGAAUUAGACAGACAGUGCAACUGCCUAGGUACUUCUAAAACGCAAUUAAAAGAAAGACACAACAAAAU